AUGUUUUAUUUUAUUCUCUUCCUUCUUUCGCAGGUUAUCCUCUUUGGGGCCUGGGUUUCGGGUACCUUGGAUUCCUACCAGAAGAGAUUUCAGGAAAUAAUCCUCGAUGCCAUGGGUGAAACGAAGGUGUCUUAUGGAUUGAAGAUGAGUUUGACGGGAAAGAAGCUCAUCGAAGAUGAGAAUUUCAGUAAAAUUCAGGAUCAACUUGGUAGUGAGCUUGGUGGUGCUUUUGGGAAAGGAGGAGCUGGUCAAGGAUUGGGAUCGGUGUUGAGCAAAGGGCUAUAA